GCAGGUCAGUUUUAAUACUAAAACUUCACCUACUUUCAUAGCACUUACAUAUGGGAACCCUGAAACAUCACAGCAAAUUUGCUAAUCCAAGGCUGUCCAUGGUUAGGGAUCAUCUAUAACAUAAAUCAGAAAGAAGAAAAAUACAGCAGAUGGAUGAAUAGAUAGAUUAUACAGGAUACCAUUGCUUUGACAAUGUUUUUACUUCUGGCUGCAUUUCUUGGUAUUUUUUAUGAAGCCAAUGCUCUUUUUGCACGCGAGACUGAGACUCGAGAAGUUAAAAUUCUCAAUGGGCUAUGGGAUUUCCGUGCAGAUAAUUCAUCUCGAAGAAAUGCUGGUUUUGAACAGCAGUGGUAUAAAGAACCAUUAAAAAAGAAAGGUAACGUUAUAAAAAUGCCUGUUCCUUCAAGCUAUAACGAUAUCACACAAGAUCGUAAUCUCCGAGACUUCGUGGGUUGGACGUGGUAUGACCACAUGGUAUAUGUACCGAAGCGUUGGGAUGACGAAGAAAAUUUACGUGUAGUUUUACUGUUUGAAAGCUGCCAUUAUUAUUGUGCUGUUUGGGUGAAUGGAGAAAAGGUGGUGAGUCACGAAGGCGGCCAUCUUCCCUUUGAUGUUGAAGUAACACAAAAUUUGAAUUAUGGCACAUCUAAUUUAAUUACUGUUGCAGCUAACAACACUCUGACACCGAAAACAUUGCCACCAGGAACCAUUGAGUAUAUGGAUAAUUCACGGAAAUAUCCGCCAGGGUACUUUGUACAAAACUUGCAAAUGGAUUUUUUUAAUUAUGCUGGAAUACAUCGAGCAGUCAAACUUUAUGUAACACCGACAGUGUAUCUGUUAGACGUCACUUUAAAUACCAAUUUUCAUGACACCACAGGGAUGUUAACUUUUAAAAGUAGUGUGGCGGCCUUGGAUAACGAAGACGCUGGAGAUAGUAAAAAUGAAAAUAUAUCAAUGACAUACGAAAUCUAUGAUGCUGACGAAAAAGCUCAAGCCAGUGUAUCAGGCAACAACUUGUUUAAAGGAUCCAUUAACGUGUCCAAUGUUCAGCUCUGGUGGCCUGUUGAUAUGGAUCAAACUCCUGGUUAUAUGUAUACACUAAAGGUAACAGUAAACAGCUCAGCAACAGAUCUGAUUGAUAUUUAUCGUUUACCAUUUGGUUUUCGAACAGUUGAUGUUGAUGAUAAAAACUUUUUUAUCAAUAAAAAACCUUUCUAUUUUAAAGGAUUUGGGAUGCAUGAGGAUUCUGAUAUUCGUGGGAAAGGAUUAGAUUUGCCAGUGAUUAUGAAAAACUUUAAUUUGAUUAAUUGGAUGGGUGCAAAUUCAUUUCGCACAAGUCACUAUCCUUAUGCUGAUGAAAUAAUGGAUCUUGCUGAUCAACAAGGAAUUGUGGUAAUUGAUGAAUGUCCUGGUGUUGGAAUUUAUAAGGAAAACAUGGAAGAAGACAAUAUGGCUCAUCACAAGGAAGUCAUGAAAGAGUUGAUACAUCGAGACAAGAAUCACCCCUCUGUUGUAAUGUGGUCUGUUGCAAAUGAACCAGAAAGUCAAUACGAAGAAGCAGAUGCCUAUUUUAAAGCCAUUACAUCAUACACUAGAGAACUAGAUAAUACAAGACCAGUCACAUUUGUUGGAAAUCAAUCACCUUACGAUGAUAAAGCAGUCAAGUACAAUGAUGUUAUAUGUUUCAACCAUUAUUAUGCCUGGUAUCACGAUUAUGGACAUCUUGAACUCAUUACAUACCAAGCCACGUUUGAGUUACAAAACUGGCAUAAUAUAACAAAAAAGCCUGUUAUUUUAUCAGAGUAUGGUGCUGAUGCAGUGGCAGGACUUCAUGCGAAUCCAUCAGUUAUGUUUACUGAAGAUUAUCAGGUAGACAGUGUGAAGAGAUAUUUCCCUGUUUUCGAUAAAUACAAAGGAAAGUUUUUUGUGGGAGAAAUGAUUUGGAAUUUUGCAGACUUUGAAACUGCUCAAGAUGUUAAACGUGUAGCUGGUAACAAGAAAGGUAUCUUCACAAGACAGCGUCAACCGAAGCAUGUUGCCUAUGUUUUACGAGAACGAUACAAAUCGCUCUCAUCACUUAUUUUGGACACUGCAGUAAAUGCAUCCUCUAGGGAAUUAGACUCAACAGAUUUUCUACCAUUGGCAGUUAUAGAAGUUUAGUAAAAUAUUUUUAAAACAACUUUAAAUUUUAGAAAGUUUUGUAAAUUUAUGCAAGCACAUUAUUACAUUAUUUAAUACUUAUAGGUAAAUUAUAAUGGAUUUAUGGUGAUAUAAAUGUUCUAGCAAAAAAGAAAUUAAAAUCCUUAUAAAUAUAUAUAAAAAUGCUCCUUUUAAUAAAUCCUAUUAUCAGAUUUAUAGAUUUUGGAAAAUUAAAUUAUAUAAAAAGAAUGUGAUGCUUAUUAAUUAGGUCCUAGGAAUAAAUAGCCCUUUAAUUAGGAAGCCCCUAACAGAUUGAAACACCUUCAAUACAUGAUUUUUUUUAUUUUUUCCAUAAAUUUUGUAAGGGAAAUUUUUUCUCUUUCAGAUACUUUCAUAUGUUUAAAAAUUUAGGCGUUCUCUUUUCAAAUUUUCCUGCAGUAGCCUUCUCCUAAAUUAAAAUUUGGUCUAAAAGGUUGAACAUUUUUAUCUUAACCCAAUCCAUAUAGAAAUUCAGAGAAUUUGAAGUACUGAAAUUAAUAUAAAGUGUUAAUUUUAUUAAUAAUAUUCUGAUUAUAAUAUAUCACGUUUUGUGAAUUUUUAAUUUAAAGCUUGUUUAAAGGGAUUAUGAACCGGUUAAAAUGUUCACAUUCGGUAUAUCCCGCGCACAUAUUAAAAAUUCAGCAAACGCUGAUGAACAGAACAGAACAGCGCACAUUGCUUGUUGGUUCAAUAUUUUUUUCGAAAAGUAUAUUACAAAGAAGUAUUUCAGCGAGACUCAUUCUGGAUGAAAACAUGACUAAGGCUGGAGAAGAUAAAAAUUCUAGAUAUAUCUAUAUGUUUGAGUCUGUAAAUUACAUACAUACUGGAAAAAUAGCCAGUUUGUUUUUCGCCCCCAUUAGCUCAAUUUUCGUGUAAGUCACUAAAGUCGAAAACCAACAGUCGUUGCGUAGCCCCUUUAACGUAAGUCCUCAAUUCAAAUUUAAAUGUUGAAUAUGCAUAGCAAAGUUGUAUACGUCACCUACAUUUGCCAUUGAUACACCUGUAUACAGCAUGACAUUUAAUUUUUAAUUUUAUGAGAGACUAUAGAUUUUUUGAGAUUAUUAAUUAUAACUUCUGAAGUAUUGUUUAUUUUAUAAAUUAUAUAAAACAGUACUAUCAUAAUAUAAAAUUAAAAUGAAUAUAAAAAUGAUAUUAGUAUUUAGCAUAUAUACAUAUAUUUAUGAAACAGUAUGUCAAUAAAACUUGA